AUGUGCGCUGCUUACAGCAGUGUACAGGCGCAAUUCACACGUGUCUCCAUGCGGCCGCAUCAUUCGCCCGCGCCGUGUGAUUUGCUACACAAAUGUACGAAGCUCAAUACCAAUCAACUAGCUUUCGUCUACCCCUCCGGUAUUCCGAUCUACAUACAAUGCUUCUUACUCUGUAAUCCUCUAGCCAGGCUGAUGAACCAUCACCAUCGCACAAGGCCGAACAAUCCACCGGCGAUUCCGAAACCACUUCUCGCACACAGUUUUGUGGCCUUGCCACCGCUCAGCCGUAAGGCUCAAAUCAACCAUUGUUUUUGUCAGAACUGUAAUCCUUCAUAGGCUGCCUAUACUGUGUACACUGCAGAUCAUCGCGAUUGCGAGUUUGUCCAUGUCUCUGUUCCCUAAGUUGACAGAUGCUUGAUGUUGUGAAACCUCACGUCUGCCGGAAAGCUGAAAGCCGGUUCUGGUUCUUGGAGAAAUAACGGAGGGUAACAGAGGGGAAGUCAGAUGGUGCGAUGCACGAAGGUGGUGCGAUCAGGCAUCGGUGGUGGAGGGGAAAUAGAUCCAUGAGUUGGUGAUCGUAGAGAUCGCACCUCCACCUUGCACACACAGAGAAG